AUGGCCAAAGGAAGAACCAAGACCACCAGUGAUGGUAAAAACUACUGUCAAACACAACUUUUUAUCAGAUGAUAGAAAGAUAGCAUAUAUUUAACUUAUAUUUGCUUGACCCCAUCAUAAGACCCCUGGUUCAGUUAUUGUUUACACUCAUUCUGUUGGUUUGCAGGGAUGCACAAAAUCUUGAAAUCUAUGCAGAUACACUAGUUAGAGACAAAACUAUGAUCGCCUUGAUGUAGUGAUCUGAAAUAUGAAAAAUGGCUCAUCUUACCCCACUUUCCCCGACAAGUUAAAGUUGCUCAGUGAAAUUGUUCCUGGAGGCCUUUCCUUUAAAAAUACUCAUGGAUUAAAUAUACUUGAAAUAUUUCACAAUGUUAUAGCAGUAGUGGAGUCAAAAGUACAUUAUUUGCAUUUAAAGCAGAGUAAAAGUAAUAAGUGUCCUCAAGAAUAACACUUAAGAUACUCAAAAAAUACACAUAAAGGCAGUGCUCAUUUUUUCCUUUGUUACUCUUCACCACUAUCCCCCCGUCAUCAGAUUUAACAGUUGACUGUGUUUGUGCUCCUGCGUACAGAAAGUGUAGUUCCAGCCCAGCCUCGCUCACUCAGGUCAAGGAAGAGGGAACAUCUAAGUGAGGAGAUUUCAGAGCCUCAAGAUGUUAAAGUGACCAUUCAUCAUCAGGUAUUGUUGAUAAUAGACACAGAACCUUAAACCUUGAUUUAAGUUUUUACUUACCACCUUUUAAUCUUUUGAUUUAUUUUAGGAACCUGGGGGAACUAAUACAGCAGCUGUGGAGUCCACAGUGCUGCAGUGCCCUCAGCAGGAAUCUUUAGUGGUUUCAACUCAACAACUUCUGGAAGCAGAGGAGCCCUGUCCCACUAAAUAUGAGCCUGUCUUAGAUGAACCACCAGCAGACACAGCAAAUGUGAUGGUUGAAGAGCAAGAAGGGACAAAAGCCACAAAUGUCAACAAAAACUCUCAGCCUCAAGGCUUCACAGCCCAUACUGAUAAUCCCAGGAGUGAAAAGGGCACAACGGAGAACCAAAAUUCAUCUCAAACAUGCCCAGAUCAAUGUGUUACAGCAAUCUUAGAGGAAAGCAAAAGAUCUGGUGACACUGCUGUUGAUGAGAAGAAGGUGGACGCAGAUGAGGUCUCUCCUUGUAAUCUGGAGAAAAACCAAGACACCAGCCUUGAAGAACCCAGCAGUAUGUACAUAGCUGAUGUGAAGCCAGUCAUGAGAGAGGCAGAAAUAGGAUUACCAGCCAAGAAGAAGCGAAGGAUGGGUAUGUGUGGUCUGACUGAAAAAGAACGGAAUCACUUUCUGAGAGGGAAAAAGCAUGAGAAUGAGCAGAAGGAACCAGAAAGAGUCAAGAUGCCGUCUGAUAAUAAUGCAGCUGACAUUGAGGCUCAAGAAGGGCUAACAUCUUCCCCUAAACCACCAUCACUCCCCGUCCAAGAGGGCAGCAUCUCAGAGCAGAAUGAAGCAGCGACCAAGCUGCAAUCUGGAAACUGUACAGAGGACAGCAGGUAAGAUCAGUGUUGUGGAGAUUCUAUACUUCACUUUUUGUUUUGGUCCAGACUUUUCAAGUAUUCAUUUAUGGAUGUUCUUUUUUGUUAAAAUCUUCAGACAAUUUACAGUGAAAUCACUAAGAAUAGAAGACCUUGACAAAAACAACAUAGGUUAAUGUGUAUCACUAUAUUCUGCUGGCAAACAGGGCAGAUAUGGAGCUUCAGAUUGCUGUCACAACCUCAGAUGGGGCCAGUACUGUGUGCGAUCCAUGCUGCUUCGUGGAGAUGAGUUGUGAGGCUGAUCCAAGCACAGAGCCUGAUCCAGAACCAGAAGCUGACCCAAAGUUAGAUCUCCCUACUGAAGAGAGAGGGGAGGAAGUUAAUGAUGAAGAGAAACUUUCUGCAGCUGAAGACCAAAGUUCUGCCAUCAUUUCUCACCCUCGCGUAACCGAAAAUGAGCAGAUUGAAGAUCAGAGGGAACUUGAGGCGGUCUGCAUGCAGAUGAAUGUUGUGCCCAUGAUGAAAAAUGAAAAGAAGGAAGAGUUCACCUGUGAUGAGGAGGUUGGUGAUGUAAAUGAAGCACCCACACAGAACCCUUCAGGAGAAUUCAACUGUGGCUCUGUGGAGCUCUGUCAGGCUGCAGUGAUACCUUGUGGCUCAGAGAAGAACUGCAGUGUGAGUAGGUGUGCUAACUUAAAACAUGCAAUGUAGAGUUUUGGUUGGACUCAACAAUGUCUUUAAGUCAUCUAACAAGCUAAAAAAAAACAAUAAUUAAUGUUUAUGGCCUCUCUACUUUAAAGACUUGCUCACUUUAAAGAUUAACUCUUUACUAUUAGAAUAUUUGUGACAAAUGAGCAAUUUCAUGAUGCAAUUAUUUGCUCUGUGAUUUUGUAGGUCCAGUGUUUCACUUUUAAAAUACUUCUAUACCCCUACCUCAGACUGCGCUAAAAAAAGGAUAAAUAUAGACUUUACAAAAAUCAGAAAAAUCUGAUUUGUUUAAGACAAAAUGUUUCUAUUAACAGAUAGAUUGAGGAUUGUUGCUUUCUGAGUUGUUGUUGCUGAACAGUUUAUAAAAAGCAGACAUAAUUUUCAAAACUCAAAAAUAAAUUAGCUUUUUUUAUUUGCUGUCAGUGACAGUAAAGAAAUGUCCUCGUCUUUGUUGCACACAGAUUGAUCCAGAAGAUGAACCUGGUACUAAUCCUUCUCCUGUGAGCACCAAGCACCCUCUGACCGGGGACUCGUCUGACCCAUGCAGACCUGAUUCCCUGGAUUAUGUGUCUGACUCACAGCUGAACACCAUUCCUCUGAUGUAAGGAAGUAAGGGUGGAUUGAUGCCACAUGCUUAUGAUAUUGAUUUAUUUAACAUUUAACUUUAAAAACAAAGUUGGAAAGUGCUUCGUGACAGAAAUGAGCAAAAGUUUUAUCUCCAUUAGGUGAUUCAGGGAGAACUCUGGUAUUUUUCAACCUGGGCCCUAUUUUCCAUGUGAUUCUGUGAGUUUAACUGAUGGGGAGAACUGUUUCUGAAACUUGCCCAGUCUUGAGGGAGAGCCGAGCUGGCUGCCACAAAACGAGCUAAACUGUAGUUUGACCACAAAAUUGUAUAAACUGCAUCUACUACAAGUGCUACAUUUCACCACUGACAGGCUCGGGUUGUUGUUACAAGUCCUCCAACAUGGUCAAACACACUGUUGCGUGUCUCAGGUAUCACCCCUAGACACAUCAACACCACCGAUGUUAGACAUCAGCGGCUGCAUUACUUGGUUAUGUUAAUUCGACGUUAAGAUAUUUGGCUUGGUGAGAUUUCAAUCGAGUUAUGUUUAGAUGUUUUACAAGUCCAGUGUUAGCUUAACUAAUGCGAUAAAUCAAAAUUUUAAACAUCAGGAAAACACAGAGUAUCCAGACCCUUCUUCUCAGUGCUUUAAGCUCGUGUGAGUGACUUUCUAUUUGUGUCAUUUCUGAAUUUGGCAUCUCCUGUUGACCAUUUCUGAUUUUGUCCUUUUCAUAUGUCAGUCAUGUUUUUUCUUUCACAAGGUGCCAUUAAGGGGAUAUUCCGGCGUAAAAUUAACUGAGGGUUGAACACACCGUAACACAGAGUUAGACACCCCCUUGAGAGAUGAAUGUUGCCGACUGCUUGCUUCUCUAGUUAUACCAACUUUAGCAACGACCGCACGAUAGCAAUACACAUUGGUCUACGUCUCCACACACAAACCUCAACCAAAUCGCCACUCUAUAGCCACAAAUAAUGCUCAGAACAGCACCUAACUUCAUCAACAGGACAUAUAGGGUCCUAGCCAUAGUCCUAGCCACCAAACAUCUUUUUAGCUUUGCCUGGUUUCUUUAGCAAUGAGACCAGGCAAAGCUAAUCCCACUAUCCUCUGGCAGCCACUUGUUUGUGGGGGAGCCCUGAUGAGUCAAUUGCUGAGUGCAGCGGAGUUUCGCAGCUCAAGGAAGAACAUUUAUGAUCAUUUCUUCAUGGAAAUGCAAUCAGACCAAGACGCUAAGGCAGAAGAACUACCGCGUCUGCAGUGCGAAAUGAUUAUUAUGAUGAUUAUUAAUUUAUGGAAAUGAUCCGCUGCACUCAGUGAUCGACUCGUCAGGGCUCCCUCUACAAACAAAGCUAGUUUUUUUUUAUGCCGAAAGAAUUCAGGAGCCUACUUUUCCACCUCUUCAAAAAAUUUUAGCAUAUUUUUUAAAAGUUCUACAGUUUGUAAUACAGCUAGCAUUAACAAAUCUCCAUUUCUAGUGAAGAAGAGGUGAUGGAGAGGGACAAGAGUCCUUCUUUGUCCGACUGCCAUGAAGAUGCUUCAGACCUGAUUUGUGGGCUCGUCAGAGAACUCUCCUCUCUGAAGUGAGUGAAUUUAAAAAAGGUUUCACAAGUCCAGAGCAAAAGUGCAUAAGAAGGUUACAUGCCUUUAAAAUUCAGCUACACUAAUAGAUCUUUAAAUAUACCAGAUGUAUUCAAAUAUUGAUUUUAUUUCAUGUUUUGGUGGUUGAUUUUUCCCAGUCGAAUAGUGAUGGCCUCUCACAGAGAGCUGGAGAAUCUGCACCGCAGCACUAGAAGCACCAGGCGCUCCAAACGUUGAGGAUUUGUUUCUGGUCCCUGGUACCCCAGUCUUUUGUUAUCCCGAUGGUUUUGAGGGAAAUUGUACUUUUUCACAAACAUUUAGUUUUUAAACAUUUUUCAUGUUUCUUGUUCAUCUCUGACAACCAGAUUGUUCUGUUUGAU